GCUGCGCUAUGUCCUUUUCCUCUGGCCGUGCUGUGAGAGCUUCAGGGAGGAUCGAGGCCUCCGACAUAAUCCGUCUUCAUCCACCUGGAUAGGUGACAUUAACAUCGGCAGAAUGACUGAGCAGAUGACGGUGAGAGGCACCUUGAAGGGCCACAGCGGAUGGGUCACUCAGAUCGCCACCACGCCGCAGUUUCCAGACAUGAUCCUGUCUGCCUCCAGAGACAAGACGGUCAUCAUGUGGAAGCUGACCCGUGAUGAAACCAACUACGGUGUCCCUCAGCGUGCCCUCAGAGGUCACUCUCACUUUGUGAGCGACGUUGUUAUCUCCUCUGAUGGUCAGUUUGCGCUGUCUGGUUCCUGGGACGGCACCCUGCGGCUGUGGGACCUGACAACUGGCACCACAACUCGCCGUUUUGUUGGACACACCAAAGAUGUCUUGAGCGUAGCUUUCUCUGCUGACAACCGGCAGAUUGUUUCUGGAUCUAGGGACAAGACUAUAAAGCUGUGGAACACCCUCGGAAUAUGUAAAUACACCAUCCAGGACGAGAGCCACUCGGAAUGGGUAUCUUGCGUACGUUUCUCCCCAAAUAGCAGUAACCCCAUCAUCGUGUCCUGCGGCUGGGACAAGAUGGUCAAGGUGUGGAAUCUUGCUAACUGCAAGCUAAAGACCAACCAUAUCGGUCACACUGGAUACCUGAAUACAGUUACCGUGUCUCCUGAUGGUUCCCUCUGUGCCUCUGGAGGAAAGGACGGACAGGCCAUGCUGUGGGAUCUGAACGAGGGAAAGCACCUGUACACCCUGGACAGUGGAGACGCAAUUAAUGCCCUCUGCUUUAGCCCUAAUCGCUAUUGGUUGUGUGCCGCUACCGGCCCCAGCAUCAAAAUCUGGGACCUUGAGGGUAAAAUUAUUGUCGACGAGCUGAAACAGGAGGUCAUCAGCACCAACAGCAAGGCCGAGCCCCCUCAGUGCACAUCUCUGGCCUGGUCUGCUGAUGGACAGACUCUCUUUGCUGGCUACACUGACAACCUGAUCAGAGUGUGGCAAGUUACCAUUGGGACUAGAUAGGCUUUUCUAAUGUUUACAGUUGAAUAAAAAAAAAAUCAUUUGA